CCAGGCAUUUCCUAACAAUUGUACAUUCGCCAUUGAGAUGAAAGCGUUCGUGGCAUUCGUGGCAUUCGUGGCCGUGGCCCAUGGCCUGCCCAUGGUCAAGGAGGAGAGUUUCAUGGACAAAUUCAUGGCCAACCUGAGGGAGUGUGUGGAAUCCGACACCGUUCUGUGCUUGAAGGAGAAGGCAAUGAAAUAUACAGAAAAUUUGGCUGUCGCCAAGGAACUCAGCGUUGCUGAUGGCAUCAUGACCUUCUCAAGAACCGGUAGCCCCAGGUCUGCCCGAAGCUACGAGCCUCUACCCGAUGACUCCAAGGCCAGGGAGGCCGCGGUGGAAGACAGGAUCCUGGACAACGUUGUGGACUUCUUGGACGGCCAUGUCCUGACGCUGAGGAUGCCUAAGUCCUUCACUGAAGACAACUCGGUUGAAGAGGAAGGCCGUGGCAAGAAGAAGAAGAAGCUGAAGAAGCUCCUCCCCAUCCUGGCCCUCAUCAAGCUGAAGCUCGCUGCCCUCGUCCCGCUGUUCCUCGGCAUCAUCGCCUUCGCCGUCUUCAAGGCUUACCUCCUCGGCAAGAUCGCCUUCAUCGCCGCCGCCUUCGGCGCUCUUAAGAAACUCCUCGAAUCUAAGAAGUCCAGCGGCUGGUCUGAACCUGCUCAUGAGGAGCACGGUUGGGAGAACAGCGGCGGCGGCGGUGGCUGGGGCAGGUCACACGACGCACAAAACUUAGCCUACGGCGCACAUGCCAAACAGCUAUAGAUUUAUUAAA